UGAUUUGGAUUGUGGUGUGUUGGUGAUAGCUGUCAUUCGUCAUUGUCAUAUUGAAGAAAAGAAAAUGCAGGGCGACGAAAAGGAAGAAAGGAAACCUUUGCUUCAAAGCGAAAACAAUAGAGGCGGCAAUUACGGAAAUGGUGAAGACUACAUUCCAGGUGGAGCCACUACAGUGUCCCCCGUGGGUCCAGAUGAGCUGCCCCCUCCAUACCAAGCGGCACUGCAGGGCGGGGGCCCCAUGGUCACAUGUCGCGUGUGUCAAGCCAUGAUUGAUGUCAGCGGCAAGAAGGACCAACAUGUUGUCAAGUGCAACACAUGCAAUGAAGCCACACCAAUAAGGAACGCCCCGCCAGGCAAGAAGUACGUGCGCUGCCCUUGCAACUGCCUGUUGAUCUGCAAGUCGUCGUCGCAGCGUAUCGCUUGUCCUCGGCCCAACUGCAAGCGCAUCAUCAACCUGGCUCCGAGCCCGGUCACGCCUCCUGUACCCAACCAGCCGGGGCUGUGUCGCGUCAGCUGUGUACACUGUCACGAUACCUUCCUGUUCAACACACUGACCAAUGCUCUAGCCAGAUGCCCGCACUGCAGAAAAGUGUCAUCAGUGGGUCCAGACUUUGCUCGUGGAAGAGCAACCUUUUUUAUUGUUUGCGGAUUGGUGUUUCUGUUGAUUGGAAUUGGCGUCACUGCUGGCACCUACACAUACGCCAAGAAAAACGGUGGAGUCUAUGUGGCAUAUAUAGGAGCCUUUAUUCUGGCGUUGAUCAGUUUUCUCCGAAGCUUCUACUACUGCUUCAUGAAAGUCAGCGUGAUCGAUGGCCCAAUGUAAUCAUUCCAAUCUCUUAUAUAUCCUAGUAAGAUUAUCAACUCCCUGACACAACGUACUAUAGCCUAUCUUCAUUAAUUUACCGACAAGAUACAGGACACGUUGUUAUUUGCAUGGUAAAUUCAGUUUUACAGCUUUAAUAAACUGAUAGUUUUACUGAAGUAAUAUAUAAAUACUAGGUGUAAUGAAGGAGACGAUCCAUAUAUUUUUUUCUAAGUAAACCCAGUCAAAUACAGUUUGCUCUCGGCAAACAUUUUAUCAUUGACUGUGCCUCUGCCUAAAUUGUACGUUUGUCAGAUUCGUAUGUGUGGCAUUCCAUGAAACCAAGGAAUGGAUCAAGAAAUAUCUGUAUAAAAACAUUGCUUUCGAAUAUAUUUGGUUCAUGAAUUGUUUUGUAAAUACAAAUUACGAAAUGGAUUUGAGUUUUUUUCACAUCAUUAAAGUACCAAUAAAUUGACUUGUCGGAAAACUAACAUUAGUUAUAGACUGGCUGCAAAGCAUUUUAGGUAGUUUUGUUAAGUUGUAUACUCCUAGUCUGAUAUUCUAAUCUGAAAAAUUAAGUUUACUCGAACAUGAACAUCAGUAGAACCCCGCUAAUCCGACUGUUUGCAUAAUUUGUCUGUGCCAUCAGUGGCAAUGUUAUUGCGAUGAUAUCGUUACCAUUUCCCAUUGGUUCUGUAGACAUUAUCACCGUGCACCGUCUCCCUCAAUUGCGGAUAAAAUAUUGUUUAUCCCCUGCGGUCACAGACGCAUCAUCAGCUUCAUCCACAAUCAUGGAAACGUAACACCAUCCACCGUGAUUGCGGCCAAAUCUAGGACAUGUCUUGUGAUAACGAAAACAUUAUCAUCAUCUACCACGAUCGUAGCAAAAUAUUUAACGCCUCCCUCUGGCAGGGGAACAUUAUCAUCGUCUUCCCCAAUCGCGGAAAACCCCUGAGACUAUUUGGUAGUAGCACAGGAAACAUCAUAAGCUGCUCCCGCGAUCUUGGCAAAAUCCUCUACGGACCUGCUCCUUUGUUAAUUCGACCUUUUCACUGUUCCGGCCAGUGUCCUGGUCCCGUAGGUUACGGAAUAGCAGGGUUGUACUAUAUUUGAUUUCUCUUUCUGUGGUUGUGCUUGAUGUCAGUUGUCAUUUCAAAUUUAUUUUUACCAAAUAUUCCAAAAAGCGCAUAAGUUGUUAGAAUUUUUUUAGUUUGUGAAUACUCAUGAAGCAGUGCAUAUACAGUAUGAACUAGGAAUUGGAAGAAAGUUAGUAUUUUGCAUUGCAAUUACUGUUUAAAGCUAAACCAUGUCUGAUUGCAUAAAAUUUGUUUUUAAUUAUUUUAGCGGUAUAGAGCAUUUUUAUUAACAGAGUUAUUAUUAUUUAUUGUUAUCUUUUCUAGCUUAAGUGUAUUAUUCAAUCUAUCAUAUCGAUGCAGUGCACGAGCGAAUGAGAAAAAAUGUAUGUCCAUAUGUGAUAAAAAAUAAAAGUUUUCUGUAUUAUUAAAA